UCAGACUCGAGCUCAGGUUUUACUGUUGUUUUUCACUGAGAGGUUUGGUCAGAUGUGUGAACUGACCAUGUGUUCGCGGGAGUGUGACCUCGCACCUGACGCGACGCGCGAACGCACCGUUUGGCACGAGCACGCACAGCUAUAUAAAGACUCCAGAGUCGAGUCUGAGCAUCACUCAGAUCGGAAUGUACUCCUCAGCUUCUCUUUCCACGGACACGAUGGAGAAACUCACUUUCACGCUCGGAUUCAACUCUGAAACCAACGCGACGCGACCCUGGAGACCCUGGAUCCACAAAACCAGUCACGGACGCAAAACCAACGCUUAUAAGCCGUAUGAAAGAGCAUCAGCUGAUGACCAACACUCGAAAGCCGCUGUGAUGACCACACACCCUGUAAAGUUGUUCUGGCCCAAAUCUCGCUGUUUCGAUUAUCUGUACCAGGAUGCUGAGAUCCUCCUGCGCAAUUAUCCGGUUCAGGCCACGAUCUGCCUGUACGAGGACUCAGACAGCGAUGAUGAUGAUGAUAGCGAUGAAGAGCACGAGAAGGAACACAACUGAAGACCUUCAUCACUUCAUUUAUAGACUCUGAAUUCUGAUUCACUUUAUUU